AUGGCACACCCGCGGCGGCGCCACCCGAACCGCCGUCGCCGCCUCAUUCCCGCCAUAUCGGCUAUCUCCGCUGCCAUCUUCCUCCUCUUUGCUUUCAUCUCUUUCCUUGCACCGCCUCCUAGCGACGGCGAUCACAUCCAUCUUGGCAGGAGGAUACCUGUAAUUUCGAGCAGAAAGAUGAAUAUUGAGGGCGGUGAACAAAAGGAAGCGCCAUUAUUUCGUGUUCCGAAUAGUGGAGGGCUACACCAUCGGGAUCUUUGGACCACGAAAAAUGCCGGAUUUUACUACGGAUGCAGCAAUGCUAGCAGUACAUUUGAUAAAGCCUCUUCCAUAACACACAUGAAUCGCUACCUGGCCAUUGCAACCAGUGGAGGUUUGAACCAGCAAAGAACUGGGAUUACUGAUGCUGUUGUCGCAGCUCGCAUCUUAAAUGCCACCCUUGUUGUCCCAAAAUUGGAUCAGAAGUCUUUCUGGAAAGACGUCAGCAACUUUUCAGAGGUCUUCGAUACUGAUUGGUUUAUAUCAUAUUUGUGGAAAGACGUAAAAGUCAUAAAAGAGCUCCCACGAAGAAGAGGGCGCAUAUGGAAUCCAUAUACUAUGCGUGUACCAAGAAAGUGCAAUGAGCACUGCUAUAUUAGUCGUUUAGUUCCUGUACUUUCGAAGAAGCAUGCUAUACAGUUGACCAAAUUCGAUUAUAGACUUUCAAAUAGGUUGAGCACGGAUCUACAAAAGCUUAGGUGUAGAGUUAACUACCAUGCAUUGAAGUUCACUAAACCCAUCCAGGAAAUGGGUAUAAAAUUGGUGCAAAGAAUGAGGACGAAAAGCAAGCAUUACAUAGCCCUCCAUCUAAGGUUUGAACCUGAUAUGCUUGCAUUCUCAGGAUGUUAUUACGGUGGAGGAGACAAAGAGAGAAUGGACUUGGCUAAGAUACGGCGCCGAUGGAAAACUUUACAUGCUCCUAAUCCAGAUAGGGAAAGAAGGCAAGGGAAAUGUCCACUUACCCCAGAGGAAGUUGGUCUUCUACUAAGAGCACUUGCGUACGACCAAGAAACCCAUAUAUUUGUAGCCUCUGGAGAAGUAUAUGGAGGGGAAGCAACGUUGGCCCCACUAAAAGCUCUUUUCCCCAAUUUCUAUUCAAAAGAUACCCUAGCAAACCAAGAGGAACUGAAACCCUUUUAUGAUUUUUCUUCACGAAUGGCUGCACUAGAUUUCAUAGCUUGUGAUGAGAGUGAUGUGUUUGUUACAAACAACAAUGGCAACAUGGCAAAGAUAUUAGCAGGGAGAAGGAGAUAUUUCGGGCACAAACCUACAAUCCGCCCCAACGCGAAAAAGCUGUACAGGCUGUUUGCAAACCGAGAAAAUAUGACAUGGGACGAAUUCUCCUCACGUGUUCGUACAUUUCAGAGGGGAUUCAUGGGGGGUCCUAAGGAGGUGAGGCCGGGCAGGGGUGCGUUUCAUGAGAACCCGGCUGCUUGUAUUUGUGAAAAUUCCGAGGCAGAAAAAAAGAUAGAUUCGGUUUUAAAGGAACCUGGCAAGGGGUCUAUUCCGAUGAAAAGAUAUGUGGAUUUAGCCAUUGAAGAUCAAAAUAUGAAUGAUGAGCUGGAAUUGUCGGACCCCGAGGAGGAUGGUGAUGUAACAAAUCAGCAGGGUAACACUUUGUACAAUGAGACAAGCACGGAAUAUGACGAUUUGUCGUCUGAGGAGCCUGAGUUGGAUGAGUUGCUUUCAGAUUGA